AUGGUUGCAUUGUGCGUAAAAGGAGACGCGUUGCCUACUUUGCUAUGUUUGACCUUUGUCUUUAUGACAGCUGCGCAAUAUGAAAACUACAAUUUCAGAAAUUUCCCCACAGAGGAGCUUAUGCCUCUUUCCACUGCGUUUGGAUUGGCUUUGGAUCAUUACGCAGCAGAAAACUGGACUGGAUCCAUCGAAUAUUUGGAAUUGAGUUUGCGUUUGCGCCGCCUGCUUAAAGACAGUGUGAGAUACUGCAUGCUGCACUGUAAUAGUACCAAACAUGAAGGACCGUGCUUCACAGGAAACCAGGACCUCCAAGGCUACUGGCACGCAAUGAUGAGAGCUUCCUGUCAGAAGAAGUGCAGAGCGCAUUUCCCUGCGUUGCAGCUGCCUCCACCUGGAAGAGGGAUCCUGGAAGAUUUCAGCAGAAGGUCUCCUUACAGAUAUCUGCACUUUGCUUACUCCAGGUUGAAUGACCUGCAGAGCGCCGUCCCGUGUGCCUACACCUACCUCCAGAAGAACCCAGAGGACCAGGAGAUGCACCAGCUGAUGGAGGAGUACAAGAGCCAGUACAACCUGAGCGGCUACCUCACCGACCACGAAGGACAAACAUACGAGGUCUCUUUUCUGAGAGGAGUAAACCUCGUCAAUUCAGGUGACUACAGCAGCAGUGUUGAACACAUGGAGGAGGCUCUGAGGCUCUACCUCCAUGAAUAUGACCUCUGUCAGGCAGACUGUGAAGGGAUCAGUCAACUUUCAACACACAGUGACUUCUAUGCAGUCAUAGCAGAUGUUUAUGUUGGGACAUUACACUGUAAGCUGAAGUGUGAAGAAAACUUGAUGCCUAAUGUUGGUGGUUAUUUUGUGGAGAAAUUUGUGGCCACAAUAUACCACUACCUCCAGUAUGCCUAUUAUAAGUUGAACGACGGCCGCAGUGCGUUGCCCUGUGCGUACAGCUACUUCCUGUUUGAUCCAGAAGACCAGGUCAUGAAGCAGAACCUGCAGUACUAUAAAGCCUACAGUGAGCAGUGGGGCCUUCAGCCCGAACACUUCACACCCAGGAUGGAGGCUCUUAGACACUACAACCACACUGUCACUCUAAAGCAGAUGCUGACAUCUGCAGAAAAGUACUUAAAGUUGGAUGAUGAGGAUUUUCUGGGAUCAGAGGAAGCUGCACUUCUGUCCUCUGAGUCUCCAGAUAUUGAGUUUGAAGGGAUGGGAGACUACGAGGAGUCCAUCUAUGCUGACUGGAGACAGCAGAAGGGAAAAGGAGACGCUGGGGAGCCAAAUAUCUGAAGAGA